AUGCACUGCCACGCGGAACUGAGGCUGAGCUCACCCGGCCAGCUCAAAGCAGCCAGGCGGCGCUACAAGACUUUCAUGAUCGAUGAGAUCCUCUCCAAGGAGACCUGCGACUACUUUGAGAAACUUUCCCUCUACUCUGUGUGCCCAUCGCUGGUGGUGCGACCCAAGCCCCUGCACUCUUGUACCGGCUCUCCUUCACUACGGGCAUAUCCUCUCCUGUCUGUGAUCACCCGGCAGCCCACAGUCAUCUCCCACCUGGUUCCCACAGGCCCGGGAAUCACCCCAGUGUUACCUCGCCAUCCAGUGGCUGCAGCUGAGGCUGCUGCUGCUGCUGCUGCUGCUGCUGCUGCUGCUGAGACCCCCGGUGGUGAGGCAUUAGCCAGCAGCGAAUCUGAGACAGAACAACCCACACCCAGGCAGAAGAAACCACGCAGGAGUCGCACCAUCUUCACCGAGCUGCAGCUCAUGGGCCUAGAGAAGAAAUUCCAGAAGCAGAAGUAUUUGUCUACCCCAGACAGGUUGGACUUGGCCCAGUCCCUGGGACUCACUCAGCUGCAAGUGAAGACUUGGUAUCAGAAUCGCAGGAUGAAAUGGAAGAAGAUGGUCCUUAAAGGUGGACAGGAAGCACCCACAAAACCUAAGGGGCGCCCUAAGAAGAACUCCAUUCCCACAUCAGAAGAGAUUGAAGCUGAAGAGAAGAUGAACAGCCAGGCCCAGAUCCAGGAGCCGCUGGAAUCCUUGAAGGGACAGGAGGAGCCCUGUGAUACCCAGGAGCCCAAAGCGUGCCUUGUACCCUUGGGGGUGGCAGAACCGAUUCACCAGCCCCAGGAGUUGCCAGAAGCUUCCUCUGAACCCCCGCCAUUAAGCUAA